AUGACAAGCACUAGUGCCGAUUUCGAACUCUCUGAGCUGCAAAAGUAUUAUCACUUGCCACUACGGGAAGCUGCUCGCCGCCUCGGCAGCUGUGAGGCCGUGGUCAAGCGUGUGUGCCGCCGAAAGCAGAUCCAGCGGUGGCCGUAUCGUCAAGUGUCGUCCAAGCUCAUUAAGAUUCAGCACUUAUGUAAGUACAUGGCGCAUGUGUCAGAUACUGAGCAGAAGGCUCGCAUCCAGCAGAAGAUUAAGCAGCUCACAAAGGAAUACCUGGAGCUCGUUGGUGGCCAAGUGCCGUCAGAAUUGCAGAUUACUCCUGCCGAAGUGCCGGUGCUGCCGCCACCGAGCUACAAGAGCGAUACCCCGAUGGAUCCGGCCGUGCUGGCUGCUGUUUCUGAUGAUGAUGUCGACCAAGAAGAGGAGGAUGAAGACAUGGAUGAUGCUACCGAGUCAACCCGCGAGCGACGGCUUUCUGCGUACUCGCUGCGCUUCAUCCUGUCCGACUGCACAGUGCUCGAAACUGACACGGGCAUUCACUUCAGCACCACCGCCUGA